AUGGCGCCCCGGCCGUCGCUGCUGAGCAUUUCUUCGGCGCUAUGGCUCUUGCUCGCGAACUCGACCCACCAUGCCGCUGCGGUGCCUUUCCCAAAGGACGACUUGCGCGCUGCUGGCUAUGGCUAUCUCUUGCCCCGGCAGUGUGGGGGGCAGGCCUGCGGCUACAACAACAUGUACUGUUGCGAGGCGGGAACCGAGUGCUACACUUCAAACGGCAUUGCCGGGUGCUCGGCAGCAGCAGGCGGCGGCUACCAGUGGUACACGACGACAUGGACAAUAACCCAGACCUUCACCAAGACCUACCAGUCCUAUAUCCCGGCCGCGACAGCUCCAGCGGGGGGCGGCAACUGCGUUCCGCCCGAAGGGUCCGGUCAAAUAGCUUGCGGCAAGAUCUGCUGCGCGAGCUGGCAGUACUGCGCCUAUGAUGGCCAAUGCAUGGCGAAUGGCCCAGCCCCAGGGCCAACAGGUGGCGCAGGUGUGACGACUGCCACCGGAGCCCAGACUCUCACAACCCCGUUCAGCGCACCAUACCGAGUCACCAGCGGCACGAUGGCGACCUCAACAGGCACAGCAGUCAGCGCCACCACAACUGGCGCAGUGAGCCCGGGAGGGGGUGGAGGCGGGCUGAGCGGAGGCGCCAUCGCGGGUAUUGUCGUUGGCACCAUCGCCGGUGUCGCCCUUCUCCUGCUCAUCUGCGCAUGCUGCGUGGUGCGAGGUCUGUGGCACGGCAUACUCGCCAUCUUCGGGCUCGGCAAGAAGAAUAAGUCGUCCGAGACUGUCAUCGAGGAAGAGCGCUAUCACCGGCACGGGUCCACGCAUUCGCGGCGGGACAACCACGGGUCAUGGUACGGCGGACGCCCCGCCUCGGCAGCGGCGCGCAAGGAGAAGGGCAAAGGCAUGGGCCUGCUCGGCCUGGGCGCCGCCCUCGGCACGCUGGCGCUGCUGCUGGGCCUGAGGCGGGACAAGGACAAGAAGAAGGUGGCCGCGACCAAGACCAGAAGCGACGUCAGCAGCAGCUACUGGUCCGAUUCCUACACGGCCACCAGCCCAAGUGAGCUCAAGGAGCAGCGACAGACGGACCCGUCAUUCGGCUCGGCGAAGCAGGACCCCGAGCAGGGUGACAAGAACAACGCACACCCACACGCGCGUGUCGAGAGCGCCCUCAGCAAGAUCGGCCCGGUCGCCCAGGCCAUGACGGCCGCCUAUUGUGCGGCAGCCUCGCCAAAAUACGACGGCAACAGAACCACGAACUGUAAAUGCCAACACCCCCACACCACGCCUUUCACGAGUACAUGA